AUGCUUGUCAAAGAUCCUUGGUUAAAACAUACUUUAAUCGAAGAUAUUGCCUUUCAAAAAUCAUCAGCACAAUUAAGUCAAGAAAAACAAGAAGAAGAUAAACGUCUCGAUGAAGAAACAUCAAGAAAAUGUCCGAAAUGUUUACGAAGCUACACUCCGAAAGAAACACGUGAUGGAAGUUGUCAUUAUCAUCCUGAAUUUGUUGUUGAUAUUAAUCGACCUGAUGAACAUCUCACGAGUGAACAAGCACAAUCAAUUCUUCAAUGUGCAAUGUUGAACAAAUUACCCGAGGAAAGAAUGCCGAAAUUAUUCUGGGCAUGUUGUCUGCACAAGUAUGGCGAAUCUUAUCAAUCAUGUGAAACAGGCAUAUGUGGUUUACCCAAAGAAUUAGAAGAAAAAGUGAAUAUGAAUGAUGAAAAAUAUAUCAAUCAAGUACAAGAACAUUUCAAAGCAAAUGCAUCUGCGAAGAAAAAUUUAAGAGACUUUUUAAAUAGAUAUAACCCGUCGGCAACGAAUAGAAAUACUUGA